ACCCGCGAGAAAAUUGAAACUUCCGCCCCUCACCGAACUCAUCGCUCUCUGCAUCGCUCGACAGAGAGAGAGAGAGAGAGAGAGAGAGAUGCUAAUGUGACAAGAUCAUGGUAUGUUCCUUCUCGCAGCCACAAAGAAGAAGAAGAAGAAGAAGAAGAGGAAGAGGAAGAGGAAGGAGAGGAGGGGGUUGGUGCGAGACCAGUGACGGACGCUGGUUUUUGUUCUCUUUUUGUUGUUGUUCGAUUCGAUUUGAAUAAGAUUUCGCUCUGUCUCUCUGUCUCUCUCGAUUCCAGCUUUGCUGAGUUUCUUGUCAGGGCCAUGUUGUACAAAGUUUUGAAAUUCGGAAGUGGGUCGUCUUUUGGAGUCGUGUUUCGAUGAUCUUUUCUGGAUAAGUUUCGGUUUUUUCUUUCCUUCCGUUUCUUGCGAGGCUUUCCCCUGUGAAGACGACGAUCAGAGAAAGUUUUGAGAAAGAGGGAGAGAGUGUGUUAUCUGCAGCCUCGUUGUAGUCGAUAUCUUUCUCGCAAAGAAUGGCACAGGACGCCAAGCCCAGGAGGCUCUAUCAGGUCUGGAGGGGAAGCAAUAGAUUUUUCUGCCAAGGGAGGUUGAUUUUCGGGCCUGAUGUCGCGUCCCUGUUGCUUUCAACCCUCCUUAUUGCUGGCCCUGCGAUUGCUUUCUGCACGAGAGCCCAUUCCAAAAUCGAAGAUCAUCCCUAUGCAUUGCCUGCAAUGAUUGGUGGUUUGAUUCUCGCUGUUCUGGAUUUAUUUUUUCUUUUUAUCACUUCUGCUAGAGAUCCUGGGAUAGUCCCUAGAAAUUCUAAGCCUCCUGAAUCAGACGAAGCCUGUGAUGUCACUACCCCAUCAAUGGAGUGGGUUAAUGGGAGAACACCUCAUAUGAAACUACCCCGAACAAAGGAUGUGAUUGUGAAUGGUCAUGCAGUAAAAGUGAAGUAUUGUGAUACUUGCUUGCUGUUUCGUCCUCCUCGUGCUUCUCAUUGCUCAAUCUGCAACAAUUGCGUCCAGAGAUUUGACCAUCAUUGUCCAUGGGUUGGCCAGUGCAUUGGAAUACGUAAUUACAGAUUCUUCUUCAUGUUUGUUUCAACUUCAACCGUGUUGUGCAUAUAUGUGUUUGCAUUUUCUUGGAUCGACCUUCUUCAACUGAAAAGAGCAAAAAAGUCUAUCUGGAAGGCUAUGUCGAAUGAUUACUUGUCAGAUUUUCUCAUUAUCUACUGCUUCAUAGCUGUCUGGUUCGUCGGUGGUUUGACAGUUUUCCACUCCUAUCUGAUUUGCACAAAUCAGACCACCUAUGAGAACUUCCGCUACCGCUACGAUAAAAAGGAGAACCCCUACAACAGGGGGGUCAUGGGAAACCUUAGGGAAGUUUUCUUCUCUAAGAUCCCACCUUCAAUGAACAAUUUCCGUGCAUUUGUUGUGGUAGAGGAACAAGAUGAUGUGGGUGUGGUGACUCCAAACUUCGGUGAAGGCAUUAUGAGUUCAAAAGAGAAAUUAGAUAUUGAGAUGGGAAUGAAGCUUGCAGAGGAUGUUGGCAUCACUCUUCCAGAAAUCUUACGCGACUUGGAAUAUGAUGAUUCUGACGAUGAUUCGAAGAAUAAAGAGGAAGAUGGAGGGUGUGUUGACUCAAUGUUCCCUGCAGAGCAGGACAUGAAGAAACCCACAGAAACAACUAUUGAUGGUAAUCAAGUGACUUGUUCUGGACAAAGCCUUGCUGUUCAACAGAAAGCCAGUGAAUCUGCAUAUAGCUCCAGUGCUUUAGAAGAUGACAAUAUUGCAACAGAAAAGAAAGAUGAUACGAAUGUUUCCAAUCAAAGUGCUGCACCAUGAAGAGCCGACGUUAGAGAAUGUCACAUUGUCACACGUUGAAUUAGUUGGUGAACUGAGAGGAAGCCAGCAAACUCAUCAGAAAUGUCAACCGGAGGACUGAUGCUUUGAUGCUGGACAAGGAGACAAUGCCUUUAAAUCACGUUUUGGCAUCUGCUAAUUAUUUGUUCAAAAGCAUGCGAAUGGCUUGUACAUUUGGGUAUGACGCGGAGUCCCGUGAGAUAAGAGACGAUUUUGGUUCAUGGAAAAAUGGUUUAUUAUGUUUGUGAAGUAGGUUGUCAUUCUGUAGGUUUUGUUUUAUCUGUCACAACACGUCACAUUUCACGUGGUUUAUACGGUUAACUAGAUCGAGUUGAGUCAUCUCCUGUUGUGUCUUCUUGAGUAUUUGAACAUGAACAAUAAGCUUUGUGCUCACCCAUGUACUUUCCUUCAACAUCUCAGUAAAUUAUUCUCCGGAUUUCAGUUCAAGAA